AUGGAGUUAAGAACUAGCGUACAUGAACAGGAAGAACAACCGACUACAGUUGUCAAUGCCGAUGUUAGCCGAACCCUAAUAAUUCGUGGAAUUGCCAAUCCUGAAGCGACAACACCACCACCACCAAGAACAACAACAACAGACAAUGUCGACAGUACACCAUCAACAAGUCGCGGGCCAGCAAUUCGAUGGGUUGACGGUACAAUUGAUAAUGAAUUUAUGGGUAGAAAAAAGUCGAAUUGUUGUUGUAUUUAUGAAAAACCAAGACGAUGGAAUGAAUCAUCCAGUUCCUCUUCCUCCUCUUCAUCUGAUUCAGAGCAUAACUCUGAUAAGGAUAAACAGCAGAAACGUAAACAUGUCCAUUGUACAGAUAAUUGUCGUGGGCAUACAAGACGAUGUUAUCGUAAAAAGAAAAAGCCUCCUGUGACGGAUAACAUGAUCCCUGAAGAUACAACGACUACUACUACUAAUGAACAGUUAAAUAACUUACCUGAUUCCAAUACAAACAGUAUUACGUCAUAA